GUCCUUCUGCUUGUCACUGUAUCCCAAUCGACUUAAAACUGAGUUAAACGAGGUUUGGACUGGGCAGAGCUGUGCGCACAGAGGAAAUCUCCUCCAUCUACCGGUAAUGUGUUGAUAGCCUGUGCAGCCUAUCAGGGCGGACUUACGCUGCGACGCACCGUGAGGUCGAUCGAUAGUAAACUCGAUUUUGUGCACAUCAUCUUUCGGCUCCAGUCCCAGCAUCUCUCUCCUCCAUUCAAACAACACUCUCCUGUCCUGCCCCCAAUCUCCAGCCUUCGUAAUGACCUUCGAGCCAUCUAGUUGAGUGGUGUCUGCUUGUUUUGGGGUUUUUUUGUCUUUCCUCUGCUGUGGAGGGAAGCCUGUGCUGCAUCGGCAUCACUGCGGAGCGUUUUAGGUGACCGCGGUCCAUAGGCUACAUUUGGGUGUAUUCUGCCUGUGAGAGCUACAAUGGCGAAGGCAGUCCCGUCAUCCAGUGCAAUAACAGGUGAAAAGAUGGCCCCACCGUCCGUCACUCUACUUCCUGACAAAAGAUCUCCGACAAACGGUCACAGCUCUCCAGUCAGAAUGGGAAAACUGACUCCGUCUAACACAGAGAAGAAGCCACACGUUAACGGACACGCGUCCCCUUCACACUUAGCAGCUAACAUCAGUAACAGCCAUGCAGGUAAACAAAUCGUAGAGGGUUAUUUGAAGACAGAUGACAGGAUGCGAUUAGCCAAAGAAAGACGUGAGGAGAGGGAGAGAAGUCUGGCGGCCAGGGAGCAGCUGAUCAGGGAGAAGGAGCGCAGAGCUCGUCUGCAGUAUGAACGCACGGUGGAGGAGCGCUGGAGGCGGCUGGAGGAGCAGAGGCAGAAAGAGGAGCUCCGCAGAGCUGCAGUGGAGGAGAAGAGGAGGCAGCAGCUCGAGGAGGAGAGGGAGCGUCUGGAGGCCCUGAUGAAACGCUCUCUGGAGCGAAGCCUUCAGCUGGAGCAGAGGACCAAACGCUGGAGCAGAGGCUGCCCAACUGGACCAGGUGACAGUGAGAAUGCCCCGCUCCCUUUCUCUGCUGCCUCCGCCUUUUCCCAUGGCAUUGCCUCCCCCCUUCCUGCUGUCAGCGAAUCUGCGCCCUGCAGCCCUCACAGGUCACCUUUCUGCAGCUCGCUGAACCCUGCAGAUCCCAGCAGAGCUGGACUUCAGGGAGGCUCUCACUCCACUCCCAAUACCCCCAAGAAAGAGCGUCUGCGCAGAGACAGAAGAACUGCAUCCCCUGGUUGUGGAUCUCCUCUGAGAAGAUCUGAAUCUCCUGCUAGUGUCACCAGGAUCUUGGCUUCCCCUACAACCUCCAAGCUGGCAGCUAAGAUGCGCUCCCAGUCUCCUAGCAAUGCACAUCAGUACCAUCACUCACCUACAAGACAUCGUCCAAACCUGUCAACCGAUGAUAGGAAAGCAGAAGACAAGAAGGUGGAAAAACAGAGUGAACAAUCUGAACAUGAGAGUGCAGUUAAAAAGAAAUCUGACAACAGCACGGUUUCAUCUUCACAAGCUGAGAAGAAUAUGGUCAACGGUGAAAUCGCUAAAUCCAGAUCAUCCAAAGGUGAAACUUUUGAUAAGCAUCUCAGAGGCAACCGCCCUGAAAAAAAUCUGUCCCCUGACAGAAAGAACGACACGUCUCCCAAAGUGGAUUCCUCUGAGAAGGAUGGAGACAAGAAAAAAGAAUCAGCACCCUGUGCCUCCACAGUAAAGGUGGCAGCUGGCACAACAAAUGCAGAGGAGGCUACCAGAUUGCUGGCAGAGCGUAGGCGUCAGGCCCGAGCUCAGAAAGAACUGGAAGACAAAAAACGGCAACUCGCGGAAGAAGAAAGACUAAAGGAACAGCAGUUGAGGAAGCAACCUGCACAGGAGCAGCGACAGCAGGAGGCAAAGGAUCAAGAAAUGAAGAGUGAUCAAGCUCCUCGCAGGCCGAAACAAGAGGUAGACAAGGGAAAGAAAGAGGAGCAGGAGAAGGAGCAACAGAGCCAGGUGGACAAAGAGAGAGAAAAAGCCAAAGUCCAGGCUCAAGAGGAUGCAGAGCGUCAGCGGCAAGACAGAGAACUGCAGACGCAACAAGAGGAGGAGGAGAGGCUGCUAAGGAAAAAGAGGAUUGAGGAGAUCAUGAAGAGAACUAGGAAGGGCGAAGCUGACUUGAAGAAGGAGGAGCAGGUGGAGACGAAGCCCGUCUCACCGCCAGGUGAAGAAAAGACUGUUCAAUCUAAUACUCAGGUGAACAAGCAGGGAAUCAAACAGGUUGAGUUUCAGGUUCAAGAGCAGGUCACAGUCCAGGUUAACGUGAAUGAACGUGCCCUGGUAAAGCAAGAAGCUGCAGCACAGAUGGACAAUCAGAAGAGUUUGCCAGUUAAAAACAUCACUCAUCAAGAGACACCGACUCAAAGGGUUCCUGACAAGAGAAAGGACACCAAACAAACCAGUGAGGAGUGCACCGGCCAACCUAAGCUCAACCAACAGGGAAGAGAAGUGGAAAUAAAUGCGAACAAGCAGCACACAGCAAACAAAGCCACAGAACAAAUAAAUAAAGAGCCGACAAAGCUGGCAGCAGAUGCCAGAGUCAAGCAAAGAGAGGGUGGUGUGAUGAAUGGAGCAGUGAAAGGUGAAGGAAGUGCCUUAAUGAGCAGCCAUCUAACUGCUGAGGUAAGCAAACAACAAAGCGUGCGUGUGUCAGCAGCUGAAGGGAAAGUUAAAGUUUUGCCCCAGGUGGAAGCUGUUAGACCCUCUGUGAAACCCCUGCCAGUGCUGUCCCCGCCAACCAUCAAGCUGGAGCCAUUAGAUGUGAGGGAUACGCGAUCUUGUGAUGAGGUGCAGUCCAUGGAGGUGAGCCCGGCUUCAAGGGAGGUACUGAUCUCCAUCCCAGAGUUCUCACCUGUCAAUGAAAUCCAGCACGGCAGUAUGAGUGACACUCGAGCUCUUGAGGAUCUGAUGGACCUGACAGGCAGCGUCACCUACCCCAAACUGUCCUCUGAAGGCAGCAUCGGCGACUGCAACAAGAACCUCAUUGAGGGUGUUGUCAGUCCCAUAUCGGACUCAAAGCUCAUCGGGACGCCGCCUCCGUCCUCAAAUAAACUUAAUGUUAAGUAGUCGAUAAUCUCUCUUUUUCUCUCCCCUCUCUCUGUCACACACACACACACACAGGAUGUCACUGUUGAGUAUGCGCCCGUGUGUCACUACAUUUAUGGGAAAAGAGCCAUAGAGAUUGUUGAAAAGAAAAAACUGUAAACUGUGACUUGCAAUAUAAACCCAAUAUAUCUUGUAGUCUAAUUACAUAUCAGCUGACCACUGGAUUGAUGCAUCAAAGAUUUUGUUUUUUCCGUGUGCCUGUAUGUGUGUGUCUUUGUGUGCGUGUGUGUGUGUGUGUGUGAGCACACAUGAAAAAGGGUCACGGAAAGAAAGUGUGUCUGGAUAUGUGAAAUAAUAACAAAAAAGACAAAUAUGAGGAUUUUGAAUAUUAUAAAGUAAAAAAACAAAACAGUAUUGCUGUUUCCUCACUGGUCUGACACCUGCUCAGGGCGCUCAUGACAGCACUUGUACAGGCAAGACCGUUUCAGUUUCAUAGUGCUACUUUAGCAAUAGUACUAUGAAACUAUAGUAGUACUUCUUUCUAGGUAAUGUUAUCCCUGCAUGUGUUGAUGAUUGAUUUGGUUGGAAUUUAAAUGGAUUUGUCUAACAAAGUAAAAUCCAGCAGGACUCUCAGGACCUCUGCAGUCCCUCACUCUUGUUAACCCAACAAGAUCAACCAUGGCAUUGUUCACAUUUUUGAUUUCAUGGCAAUGAGAUGAUUCUCCUUAUUCUUCAUGUUAUUUCAGACUGGGACUUUCUAACUGCACGUGAGUGAGAAGGAUGAUUCCAAAACUGUCAAGAUGAAUGUUACUGCACAUUAAAAAAAAAAAAAAAAAAUCAUGGCAUCAGCAGAGAUGAUGAUACAGUACAUUGCUACAUGUUUGUUGCAGACUAGAGAGAAUGGCUUGGACUCUUGCAAAUAUACAGUAACUGCAUUAAUGAAAGCUGAUUUCACUUUUCACAUUUUACAGUGAUACUAAUUAUGGAUUUCUGGUUAUGAAAAUACUGACAACUGAGCAACUUCAUGUCAUUUAAAAAUUAUGUGUGCCUUGCUACGUAAAAGAUUUCCAAGACACAAUGCUAAUAGAUGCAUUUAUCUAUUAGUCCUAGAUUCAAAUCAAUAGAUUUUUAGCCAUUGAUAUAUAAGACUGAAGUGCACUAGGGCAGGAAUGUUUGCUUAACAAUCAACUUGUAAGUAUCUCUGUAGCUAUAAAGAUGCUGUGACGCUGUGUGCUGUUACAGUGUUUCUCCUUCCAUCUUGCUAUACUGUGUGGUCCUGUGUAGGAAUUAACCAAUGGACUCCUUUAACUUCUUGAGCAAUUCCUAAAAUAACUACAAAUUUUUUUGAAAUUUUCUGUGCUAUGUCUAAUUGUAAUUUUGGUAAAGAUGCCUUAUGAGGGGCUGAUUGGUUACUGGGUUUUAAUGUCGGUCUUCUGGCUGUGUAUGUCCAUCCUUUCUGUUUUGUAUUGUUGUGUGUGACCUGUAAUACUUGAACCUCGGUUUGAAACACAUCAUUUCCGUCAUGCUGCAAAUUAUGCCCACAGCUUGUACACAUUGUCAUGUCACUUAUAAAGUGACAUUAAUGUUCCUGAGACAAUAGAAAGCCUGGUGUUUUACUGUCUUAAGUAAUCAUAUGUCUGUAAGUUACAUGUAGUAUUUGAAAUUUAGGAUUUCCUGUGUGUUUUGCAUAUUUAAACACGACUGUUUGUUUGUUUGUUUUUGGCAAAGGGGACCGAUUUUAAGAAAAGGCAUAUUAAUAUAAAGAAAUGAUAAGUCUGUCACAGUCAGCUUGAUACCUUAAGUUAUGUAAUUUCUUCAGACAUUGCGCAUGGUUAGCAUGAUCAUAACUUUGUUAUCAGAAACAAUAAAAUGUAAAACUAU